AAAAAUGGCUAUCAAUAAUGGCAUGGUUGUUCACUUUAGAGUUAACUGUGAAUUUGUAUUUCAAGGGUAUUGAUAAUGAUUAUCAUAAGAUGGUCCACAACUGCUGAUGAAACAGGACUAUUCUUCUUUGGAUGUCUUAUUGUAAUGUUUUAUUGUAUGCUUCAUAUGAAUCUAUACACUGUUAAGUUAAUUUUACCAAAAAAGUAAGACUCAUCUUUAUUAUAAGUCUGAUUGUCGAUAUCUGUUGGUAUUUGGUUUAUGCACUCUCAGGGAUUAUGGUUAUGCAAUUGAUAAUGACAAUGAAUGGAUGGGUCAACGUCGCUGUUGUCAUAGGAAGCACAAUAGGAUAUUCCAUAUAGGAAUCUUGGUCAUAAAUUUAUGAAAAAGAAAAUCAAGCUCCUCCAGGUGGAUGUGAAUUUUGUAAUUGAGAU